AUGGCUUCCGUGGGUUCUCCCACAUUUGAGAUCAAGUUGCAGGGAUUUGGCAACUCGAUACAUCGCGCCGAUUGUGCCAUGCUCUACCUCGAAUUCGAGUCACACGAGGUUGCUACUACAGCUGAAGCUUCAUCCCUGGUCACCACCGCAGCGAACGCCAUUAGGACCCUUGUUAUACCCUACAUUUCCAGAGACGAAGUUACUGGCGAAUUUCUCCCUUAUUCCUCUGCCAUAUCGAGAUACUCCAUCUCGAGACUACCUAUUGACACCUGGCAGCAGCGAAGUAUCGUAAAAGUCGAGGAUGGCGCUGAGUUGCCUCCCGUAUACGUUGCCAAGGCUGCGUUCGACACCCAGUUCCGCGACUUCACCGUGCUGAACGAGCUCGUCACCCAGUUCUCGUCGAUGGACAACGUGGCCAUGAAGGAUAUCAAGUGGUACCUGACGGACGCGACCUUGAAUAGUCUCGAGUCGAAGACACGCAAGAACGCGGCCAGGGGCGCAUUAAUCGGCGCCGUGGACUACGCCCAGGUCUUCCUCGAUAUCGAACCCCUCCAGUUCCAGGCGGCCAAGCUCCGGAUCGUUAGUGUGACCGAAGGCGGCUGGAGCUCCAGCAGAAGCAUCGAGCGGCUGCGACUUGAGCCGCCAAACCUGAAGCUGGAAGUCGAGGUCGAUGCUGUGUUUCAAUCUGCUCUUUAG